CCUUGGGGUGAUACACGAGCGAAAAAGGUCGUCGAGCCACAAGUUCGCGUACUUACUCGUACGUCUAUCACCCCUUUGUAAGGGCACAGUGUUCGCGUGAUACUCAGAAAUCUAACCUAUAAAAAAUAACAUAAUACAGUUAUUAUCGUUUACAUUACGAAAUAUUUGUAGUAUUAUAAAAUGGUAGCGAUCAAAAACUCAAGUAAAAAUUCAAAAAAAGAAAAAAUAAAGAAAGUAAUAAUAAAAGACACUCCUAAAAAAAUCAAGAAGAAUUCUAAGAGUAUUAUUAAUCUUCCACUAGAAAAAUCAGAACAAAAGGAAAAUGGAAAAAAUGUUCAAGCUAAACCAAUUGCUUUGAAAAAGAAAAAAGUUAAAUAUGUAUAUCCUUCAAAAGGUGUCACCGCAGUUAUUGUGGACUCAUGUUUAAAUGCCCUGCAAAAGUUAACAGAACAUUAUAAUACUAAGAAUGUAAUUUUUGGCGAUGAAAGCCCAAUAUUUUUGCAAAUCCGUUGCAUUAAAAUUCAGAAUGAAAAAGGAAACAUCAAAUUUACUCUACCACAUAGUACAGUUGCUUCGUCAGGCGAAGUGUGUUUAAUAACACCUGACCUUAAAAAAGGCAAGAAAGUGGAUCAUGAACCAACAAUUGAACAUUGGGAAGAUAUAUUAAGAAAAGCAGGAGUAACCAGUGUGAAAACUAUUUUACCAAUGAGACAGUUGAGAGUUGAAUAUGAUCAAUUUGAAUUACGGAGAAGACUUAUGACACAGCAUGACUUUAUAAUGGUUGACACAAGAGUCCUAAAUCAUGUAUCACAUCUGCUUGGAACAAUGUUUUUCAAGAAACACAACAUGUUGAUUCCAGUAAAACUAAAUGAAAAUAAAGAUAUAAAAAAAGGCAUUGAUGUUGGCUUGCGAACAGCUAUGUUGCGUUUGAGUGAAGGGCCUAUCUCAACCAUGGUUGUUGGACAUACAGCCAUGCCCGCAGAACAAAUAAGGGAAAAUGUGCUUGCUGUAAUAAAACAAUUUGCUGAAAAAUAUCCUGGUGGAGAAACAAACAUUAGAUCUCUUUGCAUAAAAUUACCACUUUCAUUGUCACUGCCUUUGUACAUGACACUAAGAUCAUCAAAUUUGAUUUCUGCUCCAAAGAUAAAGAAAAGUCAACCUAAAGAAUAUAAAUUCUAUGAAGAUGAGCUUUCUACUAUACCUGGAAGCAGGGUAAAGGUUGGACCAGAUGGCACAGUACAUGUCAAAAAAGUUCCAGAAGGAGAUGCAGAACAGAGAGACAGUGAAGAAGAAAUGGAAGAUGAUGAAGAGGAUGAAAAAUUAGAUGAAUUAAGUGAAAAUGAAGAUGAAUAAAACAAUUUUUUUUAUAAACAAUUUAUUGUAACAUAAUAAAUGUGCUGACAAUUA